GUUCCCCACUCGGAAGCAACCAAAUUCACUCCACUCUACUCUACUCAACUCUUCCCCCCAACAAACACUCGUCGCUAUGAACUCCUUCUCAGUGUUCUUAGUGUUCGCUCUGGCCGCUCUGGCUGCGGCUGAGCCACCAUCCGGAUACAACUAUCCCCGCGGCGGAGGCGGCGGCGGUGGCGGCGGAUUCGGAGGUGGCUUCGGCGGUGGAUUCGGAGGUGGCGGCGGCGGUGGUGGCGGCGGUGGCUACCAGGCUGUGAGCGGCGGCUUCCAGACGUCCGAGGGCCAGAACGUGGAUCCCCAGCUCUUGGAGCAGGUUCGUCAGAUCCUGCUGAACGAGGAGAGCAAGCAGGGCGGCGGCGGAGGUGGUGGAGGCGGCGGCGGCGGCGGUGGCUAUCCUAGCGGCCCGUCCAGCAGCUACGGUCCUCCUUCCACCAGCUACGGAGCCCCUGGCAUCGGAGGCGGUGGCCGUGUGGUGGGCAUCGACCUGGAGGGCGUCCGCCAGGCCAUCCAGGUGGCACAGUUCGCCCAGCAGAGCACCCAGCAGGGAGGCGGUGGUGGUGGUGGAUACCCCAGCGCCCCAUCUGGAUCGUAUGGCCCCUCGAGGCCCAGCGGCAGCUACGGAGCGCCCUUCUAGAUCCCCGAAAAGGUCUCACAUCCGAAAGACACAUCUCUCUGCCAAAAAUGAAUACCGACGGACACGAAACCGACAAAGACGACACCAACACUAUAUCAAUUUGGGCAUCCUGGACCUAGAAAAGG